GAAGAAGAAGAAGACGAAGAAGAAGAAAAGCGAAGGAAAAGAAGAAGACGAAGAAGAUUAAAAAAAAUGUUUAUAUGCGUUACAAUACAGAAGAAGAAGAAGAAGAAGAAGAAGAAGAAGAAGAAGAAGAAGAAGAAGAAGAAGAAGAAGAAGAAGAAGAAGAGUAGUCCGGCUCCUCAUUUUAUAUUCCAGAUCAGUAGAUGGCGGUAAUGCGCUCUUUUGUUGAUUGCCAAGUGCCGUGAACAACACAGAAGAAGAGGAAGAAGAAGAAGAAGAAGAAGAAGAAGAAGAAGAAGAAAAGCGAAGGAAAAGAAGAAGACGAAGAAGAUUAAAAUAAUUGUUUGUAUACGUUACAAUACAGAAGAAGAAGAAGAAGUAGAAGAGGAAGAAGAGUAGUCCGGCUCCUCAUUUUAUAUUCCCGAUCAGUAGAUGGCGGUAAUGCGCUCUUUUGUUGAUUGCCAAGUGCCGUGAACAACACGGAAGAAGCGGAGGAAGAAGAAGAAGAAAAGCGAAGGAAAAGAAGAAGACGAAGAAGAAGGAGUAGGAAGAAGAUUAAAAAAAAUUGUUUACAAUACGUUACAAUACAGAAGAAGGAGAGGGAGAAGAAGAAGGAGAGGGAGAAGAGGGAGAGGUGGGAGUGACGUGCGCCGGUGUUGCUGAUGCUGCUUGUCGGGGCGAACCCGUCCAAAACCCCGUUGUGGUGACAGUACUCCCAUCACCGCUACUCUGAAGGUAGCAAAGGCGAAACAGUCGCCGGGUACCCGUUAACGAUGGCUCAACAAUCGCAACCGGGCCCCCUGCCCGCCAUCCACGACCCCGCUGGGCUCGUAGUCACCGCCAACGUGCAGAAGGUGGCGGUUAGUAAGAAGAAGGUCCUCAGUCCGGAGGACAGCGAGCUGUUUGAGCUAACCCAAGCAGCCGGCAUCACAAUGGACCAGGAGGUCUUCAAGAUUAUGGUGGACUUACUGAAGAUGAACGUGGCUCCACAAGCAGUGUUCCAAACUCUGAAGGCCAUGUGCGCAGGCCAAAGGAUAGUUGAUACCUGUGGGGGAGAAUCUUCAGCAGCCUCUAACACCACUGGUACCAGCACAGCACCAGCAGAGCACAGAGAAAACGCUACCGUGGUCCCUUCCAAGAGUGCCAAGUCACCGCUGCCACCUUAUUCAGCCCGCGGGGCGGCGGCGCGAGUCAGCAGUAAGGCCGUGGUCUACAGCUCCCAGGAUGGAGGCUCUGCUACCGCUCAAGUGCGCAGCAAGGCAGGCCAGAAGGUGCAGCGCCACUCCAGCGCCACACGGGGGCAGAAGACCAAGAGCUCCGGGAGCAGCAGCUCCUCGUCGCAGAUGACGUCAUCUUAGGGAGCGGACCGCCCCAACCUCGGACGAUUAAUGUGCUUAUUUAAAUGGCUGCUGUGUUUCAUUUGUCCCAGUGCUUUUUGUGUCGUGGCUUGUCGCUUCCCCCCCCCCCCCCUCAGAGCUGCUGCUGCUGCUGCUCCGCCUUACGUGUAAUCAGUCCGCAGUUGCGUUAUUCUUUUUAAACUUUUAUAAAAAGGCAAAAAAAACCAAA